AUGCCUGCAAAGAACCAACUGGGGGCGGGCACCGGCCCGACAGAUAGCCAUAUCCUCUCUCAAGAGCAAAGCGACGCACAAUCAACAGAGAAGCUUGGAGAAAUAGAAUAUACAGAGGAUAUAGGAUGGAAUGCUUCAUCAUCGGAGGAUAUCGACGAGACGCUCGUACCGGGUCUCUCCAAUGAGGAUGUGUGGAUGCUUGUGAGGAGGUUUAAUAAAACAUACUAUGUGAAAGCGCAACAUGAUGUCCCAUUGCAAAGACUCGACCUCAACCGUGGGGAAAACGAAGAAUUUUCUCCAGAUAAAUUGCGGGCUACGCUGGAGAGGCUGUAUACAACUAUCAUCGUGUCGUUGAUGGGGUUUUGUAGCCAUAUUGCAAGGCUGCGUUCGUGGGACGAUUUUCACCGGACGUCUAUAUUUUGUGGAGUUUACUUUACGGCAUGGCUUUUGGAUCUUCUGGCUCCCACAUUCUUCUCCUUUCUAUUGAUAAUAUUUCUCUUUCCACAUUAUAAGGAAUGGGCGUUUCCAUCAACAUCAAAAGCCCAGAGAGAAGGUUCUCGUGGAAGUCUUACAGGUGCAUCAGAGAGAUUCAAGGGCGAGGCAGACGAACAGGAAGCAAGUAACCUCAUGACCAGUGUGGCCAGCGUCGCCGUAGGAAGCGUCGCAGGGAAACAUGACCAGGGAACGCCUGAUGAUGCUCCUAUCGAGUUAUCUGUGCCUGAUGCCAUGGAUGCUGUUGCCAAAACAGCAGAUGCACAAACUGCCGCUCAUGGACAUGUACCGGAUAGCAGCCAUGACAAAACUCGACAGCCGAUGAAAGCGGUAGUAAUGGAAGGGGCAAAUCAGGGUGUAAGGAUACUGAGUGAUAUUGUGGAUACUUAUGAAAGAUUUGGAAAUGCACUAUCGCCCACUUGGCCGUUCUCAACAACGAUUCCUACUAUACGCAUAGCCAGUGUUUUAACAUCUGCUAUUAUUCUAUCUCUUGUCAUGUCCAACUAUGUGCUGGUAAAAAUCGGGACAUUUACAUUCGGCCUCGCCUUCUUUGGGGACCCAAUUAUUAUGCGCACAGUGACCUUUUUAAAUCGGAAAUAUCCAAGCUGGACAAAGUUAUUGGAGCUCAGGAAUUCCCUACUAAAAGGCAUCCCCACGAAUGCCCAACUGGCCUUGACUAUCCUCCGCAUUGGCGAGGCAAACGGCACUCCAUUGCCACCACCUCCGAAAAAUGGACAACAUAAAGCAGAGUCCAGUAAAGAUGAUCACCAAGAAGCAGCAGGCGUCCAACCGCAACAUCACCAAAUGUACAACAUCCCUAAACCCAAAGGAUGGAUGUCAGGGAUGAUUGGCUUCUUCCGCGGCACAACAGCAACAGGAAUUGAAAGCAAACUGGCCAUCGACCGCGUCCGAGCAGCGGCUGGAUCGAAACAGGCAAAGAACAGAGUUGGCGUCCUACACCGCAAGGGCCGCCAGACUCUGCCAUCUGGUCCUUGUCAGUUCGAUACGCGAUAUAAAGGGAAACGAGGGAUAGUCGUGAUUGAUGCCUCGCUAGACCCGCCUGCGCUUUACUUCACCACUGAUCCGACGGCACAGUUUGAUCAGCAGUUGGAGAGCAGGUCGAGCGGCAGUGUGAUGUUUACAAUGCCUGUUACAGAGAUUCAAGAGAUGAGGAAGAUUGGUGGGUUAGGAUGGAAGGGGAAAAUAAUUACUGGAUGGGCGGUUGGUAGUAAAGAGGUGGUGGACGGGCUGACGAUUGUUGGAAAGCAACAGCAGACGUAUAGGCUUACGGCGAUGAAGUUGAGAAAUGAGCUGUUUAAUCGGUUGGUUGCCAUUGAUGGGCAGGUUUGGGAGACUUGUUAGUGGAUACAGUUAAUGUAUGCUAGGUCACUUAUCUCCUAACUACAAAUGUGACUGUUAAG